GACGUGGGGUGGGGUUUGCCGGGGCCAAAAGCAGGGCGCAGGGCAGGCGCGGGGUGGUCACGGGGGCGGGGCCAGGCGCGGGGCCAUGGGCGGGGCUGGGCUGCCGGUAACCUGCCUGCCGCAGUCCUAGCGCCGCGCUGGGGAGAGCGGGUGUUUGAAGGCUUCCGCGGACCGGCACUAGGAGCUGGGGGUGGGUCCGUGACCCUCCGGCUGCUCGGAGCGAACAGGCGGCCAGGAAAGAAGCGGGCCUGAACACCAUGAUCCCUCUGGAGAAGCCGGGCAGCGGCGGCUCCUCCCCAGCCGCCACCUCAGGCUCGGGCCGGGCCGGCCGGGGUCCGAGCGGGCCGUGCCGGCCGCCGCCGCCGCCCCAGGCCCGCGGGCUGCUGACAGAGAUCCGCGCCGCGGUGCGCACCGAGCCCUUCCAGGACAGCUACAGCCUGUGCCCGGGCCGGGAGCUGGGCAGGGGGAAAUUUGCAGUGGUGAGGAAAUGUAUAAAGAAAGAUUCUGGGAUAGAAUUUGCUGCAAAGUUCAUGAGAAAAAGAAGAAAAGGCCAAGAUUGUCGGAUGGAAAUAAUUCAUGAGAUUGCUGUACUUGAACUAGCACAGGACAAUCCUUGGGUCAUUAAUUUACAUGAAGUUUAUGAGACUGCAUCAGAAAUUAUCUUAGUUCUGGAAUAUGCUGCUGGAGGUGAAAUCUUUGACCAAUGUGUUGCAGACAGAGAGGAAGCCUUUAAAGAAAAAGAUGUUCAAAGACUUAUGCGACAGAUUCUAGAAGGUGUUCACUUUUUACACACUCAUGAUGUAGUUCAUCUUGAUUUGAAGCCUCAGAAUAUUCUGUUGACAAGCGAAUCUCCAUUGGGUGACAUUAAGAUUGUUGAUUUUGGCCUUUCAAGAAUAUUGAAGAACAGUGAAGAGCUCCGAGAAAUUAUGGGUACCCCUGAAUAUGUGGCUCCUGAAAUUCUUAGUUAUGAUCCUAUAAGCAUGGCAACAGAUAUGUGGAGCAUUGGAGUGUUAACAUAUGUCAUGCUUACAGGAAUAUCACCUUUCUUAGGCAAUGAUAAACAAGAAACAUUCUUAAACAUCUCACAGAUGAAUUUAAGUUAUUCUGAGGAAGAAUUUGAUGUUUUGUCUGAGUCAGCUGUUGACUUCAUCAGGACACUUUUAGUUAAGAAACCUGAGGAUCGAGCCACUGCUGAAGAAUGUCUAAAGCACCCCUGGUUGACACAGAGCAGUAUUCAAGAGCCUUCUUUCAGGAUGGAAAAGGCACUAGAAGCAAAUGCCCUCCAAGAAGGUCAUUCUGUGCCUGAAAUUAAUUCAGAUACUGACAAAUCAGAAACCGAGGAAUCCAUUGUAACCGAGGAGUUAAUUGUAGUUACUUCAUAUACUCUAGGACAAUGCAGACAGUCUGAAAAAGAGAAAAUGGAGCAAAAGGCCAUUUCCAAACGAUUUAAAUUUGAGGAACCUUUGCUACAAGAAAUUCCAGGAGAAUUUAUCUACUGAGCAGUAUUUCUCUUUAGAACUUUAAGAUUUCUACAUUGAAAAUGUUAAUAUUAUUUAUGGACCUCUGGCCAAAUGGUACGUGUACUGGAAGUGGAUAAUCAGUAUCACUUACACAAACAAAAAUAACUUUGUCAAAUUUGUGGAGUUAGGUGGAAGCCACAUUUUAAAAGUUGCCAACCAGGAGAUUUAACAGGUACAGUUAUCCAUUUCAAUGUUAUUUUUAAGAAGGGGAGAUGUUGGUACCUUUUAAUUCUACACCCACUUUCUCCAGAAUGAGAAUUUGUGUACAAAGAUAUUUGUAUUCACUUUCUUUAAGAAAUCCAAGUAAAAGUGCCAAAACUACAUUUCUGUAAAUCUCUUGCAUUAUUCAUAUGUGUAUCUAUAUCUGCAUAUUUGUUAAUGUGUUUACUAAAAUUGCUACUUUUUCACCUUGGAUUUGUUUUUGGCAAAAUUUUAGUUUAAGCAGACAUCUAAAUUUUCGAGACCUAGAAUAACAUUCACUAAAGUUUGAUACUGUCUUUUUUUAAUAUUUUCUUACUGCUUUAUAGUGACUUGAUUUGGUUUCUGUUGUGUUUUUGCCUAAAUGCUUGUGACAUGUAAGUGAAAAACCGUAAUUUUUUUUUUCUCUUCAGUGUCACUAGUAAGAGAGGUGGUAAUUUUUCACCUCUGAAAUUAUUCUGGUUUAAGUGUCAGCUCUUCAGCCACUUCCCUCAUCACACCACACUCACAUGCAUCUGCGCUCUCUCACAUGCUGUACCCCUGCCGCUUCCUGGCACCUCCCCCCAUGCUUCUCAUUUAAUUUUGGCCAGUUGUAGGUAUCAGUGUGAUCUGAUCAACAGUCUGGUUACCUUGGUCAGUGAAAAGAUACUACUAUAUUGCUUUUGUCCCAAAGUAAGUAAAAUCCCCUAGAACAGAGAGAGAGUGUGUCUUCAUGCCGACCACUGAGCCUGUUUCUACUGAAUUUCUUAUCAGCCCUCAAGCUCUGCUAGGAAAAGUUAUAAAAUGCCAAAAUAUUUAGAAACAUUUACUUUGUCCAUAAAAAAUUUACAUUGGAUACUCUGUAAUUAGGAGGUACUUUGUCCCAAAAAGAUGUAUAAGAACGUACUAAUAGUUUUAUUUGAUUAGGAUUGAACAGUUCAAGUGUAUCUAGGCCCCACAGUGACCAGUAAAGUCCAAUUUAAAAAUGGAAAUGUGAAAGUGUA